AUGGCCGAAACCAUCCAGGCCUCUUUCGGGAUCAUCUUCAACUCCUUCGAAGAGCUUGAACUGACCAAACUAGCCAAAUGUCGCCGGCACUUCCCUAUCCUGAUCUUCACGGUUGACCCAUUCCACAAGCUCUUUGUAGCGUCAUCAAGCAGCUUGUUGCCUCAAGAUAGGAGCUGCAUUUCGUGGCUUGACAAGCAAGAAAAGCUCAAACCGGUCCUCUACAUGAGCUUCAGGAGCCUCUUAAUAGUCAGCGAGGCCCAAUUCCUGAAAAUAGCUUGGGGACUAGUGAAUAGUGGCCAGCCCUUCCUUUGGGUGGUGCUGCUUGGGACGAUUUGCGGGUUGGAAUGGCUCGAGGCCCUGCUUGGUGGGUUCCUAGAUGGGAGGGGCCAUAUUGUGAAGUGGGCCUUGCAGCAUGAGGUCUUAGUCCACCCCGUAGUUGGCGGUAUUUGGACGCACACCAAGUGGAACUUGACACUGAAGAGGGUGAACUCGAGGUACAUAAGCAAUGAGUGGAGAGUCGGGUUGCAUUUGGAAUACAAGGUGGAGAGGAGAGAUAUUAAGGAUGCGAUUAGGAGAUUAAUGGUGAGCUAUGAUGGAGAGGAGAUGAGGGAGAAAAUGAAGGCUUUUGAAGAGGAAGGUGGACGAGUGUCUCCAAGAUUGGUGGUUCUUCAUACCAGUCUCUUCAGAAAUUGA